UCCAAGUUCAAUCAGCCAAUUGGGAACCUCAAAUUUGAAUGCAGCCCUCUUCCUUCAUUUCCUCUGACCUUUUCUUGUUCCAUCUUACAAGUUAUAUAGCAUAAAAGUAAUUAAUAAACUGCUUCUAUAUUAGGAGAGAACCCCAGGAUCUAGGGUUCCUCCUUCCUCCAAUUCCAUACACAAAACUUAAUCUUUCAUCAUUUAAUCCCAAAACCCACAUCUCCAAAAUAGUUUGCAUUACUUCUCCGUGCGUUUUUCUUUACUGUUUCUUUUUUUUUUUUACCUCCAUGCGUAUAAUUUCUGAAUAUAUUAUUACAAGAAUAUGGAUAGUAAUUAUACAUCACUUUCCAAAAAUUCAUCUUUUGUUGAGUUAGAAUUAAAAGAUGAUAACUUUAUUAAAGAUGGGUAUUCAAAAUCAAACAUUGAGGAUGAUCUUGAUGCUAAUGAUAUUGAUUUUGAUAAUUUACCCCUUAUUUUUGGUGAAAAUAAAUCUGGGUCUGGAAUAUAUGGUGCUGUUUUUAAUCUUACAACUACUAUUAUUGGUGCUGGUAUUAUGGCAUUGCCUGCUACAAUGAAAGUAUUGGGUUUGGUUCUUGGUGUUGUCUUAAUAUUAUUGAUGGCUAUUUUGUCUGAGAUCAGUGUCGAAUUGCUUGUCCGGUUUACUGUACAUUGCAAGGCGUCGUCGUAUGGGGAGGUUGUUCAGGCUGCAUUGGGGAAAACAGCUAAGGUUAUAUCUGAGAUUUGCAUUAUUGUUAACAAUGCUGGUGUUUUGGUUGUGUAUUUGAUUAUUAUAGGGGAUGUUUUGUCCGGUUCGCUUCGUCAUAUUGGUGUUUUUGAUCAAUGGUUAGGUCAUGGAGUGUGGGAUCAUAGGAAGUUGGUGAUUUUGGUUAUGUUGGUGAUUUGUCUUGCACCUCUUUGUGCUUUGGAUAAGAUCGAUUCGUUGAGCUUGACUUCGGGUGCUUCUGUAGCUCUCGCGGUUGUAUUUGUGUUGGUUGCUUUCACCAUAGCGUUUAUUAAGCUGGUUGAAGGGAAGAUUGAAGCUCCGAGAAUGACCCCGGAUUUUGGGUCUAAGAAGGCAAUCUUAGACCUGCUCGUGGUGAUUCCUAUCAUGUCGAAUGCUUAUGUUUGUCAUUUCAAUGUUCAGCCUAUUUAUAAUGAGCUCGAAGGUCGCUCACCUCAGAAAAUGAAUCGGGUGGGACGGAUUACCAGUGUUAUCUGUGUUUUGGUGUAUGCUUCUACUGCAAUAGCUGGUUAUUUACUUUUCGGGAAGGAUACUGAAUCGGAUGUGCUCACUAACUUUGAUAAAGACCUUGGAAUUCGUUUCAGCACACCUUUAAAUUACAUAGUCCGUGUUGGCUAUGUUUUUCAUCUGGUUCUUGUUUUCCCUGUUAUCCAUUUCUCUCUUAGGCAGACAGUGGAUGCCUUGUUAUUUAAAGGAUCAGUACCACUAACUGAAAGUAGGAAGAGGUGUCUGGCUCUGACUGUGGUUCUUUUGGCACUCAUAUAUCUCGGAUCAACUAUGAUUCCUAACAUUUGGGCUGCUUUCAAAUUUACAGGGGCGACUACAGCAGUCUCUUUAGGUUUUACAUUCCCAUCUCUCAUUGCUCUAAGGUUGAGCAAAGAAGGGAUUGGUUUGAGUCACAAGGAAAAGAUAUUGUCUUGGUUCAUGUUAGUAUUGGCCGUUGUAGUUAGCAUUGUUGGAGUGGUUGGAAAUAUUUACAGCCUCGCCAGUUAGUGGGAUUGGCUUUUGUUAUUUUUUAUACAGUAGAAAGUUUUAACGUCUUUGGCCAUUGCAUUAUCUAUCCCAGUGAGGAUAAGUAACGCUUUGUGAAACGAAGUUUCUAGAAGCAAAGCCCCUGAUACGAAUCAUUUUGGAAAGAGCGGAUGAAGGUUUACCAUAAACGAAAUUGUGGAUGCAUUCUGUGUCACGCUUAGCUGCUUGUGGAGAGUGGCAAAAGAUUGCUGCAGCUGUUAGAGAUUGCAAUACCUAAAUCGCACAGAUCCCAGCUUGGUGUAUGUUGUUGAUAGUUCCAUGGUCCUAUGAGACUGUUACCUUGUAAUUGCUAACAGUAGCCAACAAAAUUAUAAUUGCUCUCCCCUCAUAUUGGGAUCACUAUACCACAUACAACAAAAAUGAUUUUAUGAAUACAAUAAUUCAAUGCCAUUCCCAAA